CCCUUUUGCGGCCGGGCCCAGCAUGGCUGCCCCCAGGGCUGCGGGCCGGGGACCCUCGGCGCUCUCGCUUUCCUAACAGUGCCGGCUCUCCUUGCCUUGCACGGGCCACACCAGCAGACAUGUUUGCCAAGGCCUUUCGGGUCAAGUCCAACACGGCCAUCAAGGGGUCGGACAGGAGGAAGCUCCGGGCAGACGUGGCGGCAGCUUUUCCUGCCUUGGGUAUGGAUCAGGUCUCUGAGCUGGUCCCUGGCAAGGAGGACAUCAACAUUGUGAAGCUGUAUGCCCACAGAGGAGAUGCAGUGACUGUGUACAUGAGUGGUGGUAACCCCAUCCUCUUUGAACUGGAGCGGAAUCUGUACCCAACAGUGUACACGCUCUGGUCCCAUCCCGAUCUCCUGCCGACCUUCACAACAUGGCCUCCAGUGCUGGAAAAACUGGCGGGGGGAGCAGAUCUGAUGCUGCCGGGACUCGUGGUGCCCCCUGCUGGUCUGCCUCAGGUACAGAAGGGCGACCUCUGUGCCAUUGCCUUGGUGGGGAACAGAGCCCCUGUAGCCAUCGGAGUAGCAGCCAUGUCCACAGCUGACAUGCUGACGUCAGGCCUGAAGGGCAGGGGUUUCUCUGUGCUCCACACCUACCAGGACCACCUGUGGCGAUCCGGGGUCAAAUCAGCUCCACCUUCCCUGUCACCCAUGGUGCCGGAUCCCACGGGUAUCAGGGAGGACAAGGCGUCUACACAGGAGCCCGUGCCGCUGGAAGACAUGAGGCACCUGGCGCUGGGAGAGGAAGAGGGGAGUGGGGAGGUGCCUCACGAGUGUGGGGACAUGUCUGCGCCAGAAGCCAACAGCGCUGGAGGCCUGGAGCAGGAUCCCACAGACAGCAGGACACUGCAAGAGCAAAUGGAUGAGCUGCUGCAGCGAUGCUUCCUGCACGCCUUGAAGUGCCGCGUCCAGAAGGCCGACCUCCCACUCCUCAGCAGCACGCUGCUCGGCAGCCACAUGUUCUCCUGCUGCCCAGAGGGACGCCAGCUGGACAUAAAGAAGUCAAGUUACAAGAAGCUUUCCAAGUUCCUGCAGCACAUGCAGCAGGAACAGAUCAUACAGGUGAAGGAACUCAGCAAAGGGGUGGAGAGCUUGGUGGCUGUGGACUGGAAACACCCAAGGAUCACAUCUUUCGUCAUACCCGAGUCCUCCCUGACCUCUCAGACUGUCCACGAGGGUAGCGGGGAACAGCCCUAUCAACCUCCGGACAUAAAACCCCUCUACUGUGUCCCAGCUGGCAUGACCCCGCUCUUCCAGGAGUCUGGCCACAAGAAGGGGAGCCUUCUCGAAGGCAGCGAGGUCCGAGCUGUCAUCAUUGACUACGCCAAGAGAAACGACUUGGUUGACACAGACAACAAAAAUCUUGUGCAGUUGGAUCCCACCCUGUGUGACUGUCUGCUGGAGAAAAACGAGCGGCACAGCAUCCUGAAGCUGCCGUGGGACGGCCUGGUGAGCAGAUGUUUGGAGAAACUGCAGCCUGCCUAUCAAGUGACCUUUCCUGGACAAGAGCCCAUCGUGAAGAAGGGGAAAAUCAGCCCCAUUGACAUCACCCUAGCACAGAGGGCCUCUAAUAAAAAGGUGACCGUGGUCCGGAACUUGGAGGCCUAUGGGCUGGACCCUUACUCUGUGGCUUCCACCCUCCAGCAGCGCUGCCAGGCAAGCACCACCAUCACUCCUGCCCCUGGUGCCAAGGACAGUCUGCAGGUGCAGAUCCAGGGCAACCAGGUUCACCACCUGGGCCGGCUGUUGCUCGAAGAGUACCACCUCCCUCGAAAGCACAUCCAGGGCCUGGAGAAGGCCCCCAAGGCCGGCAAGAGAAAGUGACGCCUGUUCCAUGUGGUGGGUCCAGUGGCUUCCAACUCGGGGCUGGUCAUUUCUAUGAGCAUUUUCAACUUUUACAAAUCAGAAAUAUAAUUGUUUACUGAAAUAAAUUUUUAUUCUGAUCUAAA